CUAUAUAUAUAUUUUUAAAAAAAUGGAGAAUAUCUCCUAUACUUUUGAAAAGGGAAAGGUAGAAGAUUCAAAGAGAAUAUACGAGGUUCAUACCUCGGCCAUAAAACAGCUUUGCUCGAGUCAUUAUGGGGAGAAAGAAAUUUUAAUAUGGUCUGGAAAACAAAAGGAAGAAACAUAUAUACCUUUCCUGGAAAGCGGAGCUAUACUUGUUGCAAAAAGCAAUGGGGUAGUAGUUGCCUUUAUUCACCAUACUGGUGGUCAUGAUGAGCAAGGUGAUGCUAAUGAAUCAGGAGACUUGGAUAAUGAAUUUGAAAUAAAAGGCUUGUUUGUUGACCCAAGUCACAGCGGUCAUGGUCUAGGUAGACUACUGUUCAACCAGGUUAAAACAAUUGCAUUGAAGCAAGAUGCAAGAUUUAUAAAAGUAUCUGCAUCGUUAAAUUCCCUACAAUUUUACAGCAAAUUGGGGUUUAAGGAGGUUGAAAGAGAGUCUCACCAAAUUACAUGCCAGUGUGCAGUUGAUUGUGUGAAAAUGAUUUGGAAAAAUGAAGAAAUAUUCUGUGGUUAACUUUUG